AUGCCGCGGUCGCGCGCGUCCACCUCCUCCUGGAUCCCCGGGCACGACGUCCACUCCGUCACCGCCCUCGAGCUCGCGGCGAUCGCGUCCGGCGUCGUCGUCUUCCUCCUCCUCGCGUCCGUGACGUUCGCGAGCACGUCCAGCGGAGGAUUCGCCGGGGUCGUCCUCGGCGACGGCGGCACCGACUUCGUCUUCGUCGGCCUCACCCAGAUCCUGCUGUGCGCGUGGCUCUGGUACGCGCUCAUGGCGUGCAUGGAGAGCAAGCCCGCGAUGUUGCGCGCGGUGUGGGGAACGACGCCGUCGUGCCCGGUGGUGGCGACGUCCACGGAGGUGGGCGUGAUGGCGACGAUCUGCACGUGGGUCGUCGCCGUGCACGUCGCCGCGUUUUCGUCGCUGUGCUGGUUCGACGAGAAGAAGGCUGAUGAUGACUCCAAAGGAGGAGGAGGGUGCCGAGGUCUGCGCGGCGCGCCGUUCCACGGCUCGCCGAUGAUCAUCGAGCUCUGCGCGGUGCUGAGCGUCCUCGCGCUCGUCGUCGCGCCCAGGCCGCUGCCCGCGCGCCGCGCGAGACUGGGGUUCAUACGGUGCGUGUUCGAGGCGCUUGGGUUCUCGUUCGGGUACCCGGCGUUCGGGCCGUUCCCGCCGCCGGGCGGCGGCGGCGGCGGCGGCGACGGCGACGGCGACGGCGACAGCGAUAGGGAGGGGGGAGAACGCGGCAGCGAUAGGGAGGGCGACGAUAAGAGAAGCGAACGCGGGGACGAGGACGAGGAGAGCUCGCGGCGUCCGCGGAGGCCGUGGCGAGAGGGGAGCGAGUGGUCGAUCGACUCUCUUCCGGACCCGCCGUCGUCGCCGGUGGACUUCCGGCACGUCCUCUUGACCGACGCGCUCACGUCCGCGGGGUUGAUGCUGUGGCAGACGGAGUGCGCGGCGUGUUUAUUCGCGACGGGGUCGUGGACGAACGGCGCGGACGCCGCCGCCGCGGCGGGAAAAUGCGUCGGCGAUUCCAAAAACGCCCUCUACGGCAAACCGAUCGUCCUGAUGUUCCCGUUCUGGUUGCGUCUGUGGCAGUGCGUCGCGCAGUGUAACGGGCCGCUAGGGAACACGUGGCACGCGGUGAACGCGAUGAAGUAUCUCUCCUGCAUCGCGGUGACGAUCGCGUCGACGUUUUACGAGCUCUCGCGCGACGACGAGUUUUCAAAUUCAAACACGAUGUUCGGCGUGAGCGAGACCUCGUGGUACGCCGCGUGGGUGGGCGCGCUGUGCUUCAAGACGGUGUUUUGUUUCUGGUGGGACGUCGUCAUGGACUGGGGUUUAGCGAGAGUCGGGUUGUUCGGCGAGAGGUUAGGGCUCGCGAAGCAGACGGGCGGCGCCGCCGGAGCCGGCGAUGUCGACGAAGAACUCGACUCGGACGACGAGGAGCUCAUCGACGAAGACUUGGAGCUGAACGACGACGCGCACGGCUGGCCGUUCCUCCGCCCGCAGCUGCUGUAUUCGCCGCCGAUGCUGUACUACGUCGCCGUCGCGUUCGACUUCGCCGGACGACUGUCGUGGGGCCUCGCGAUUUCCCCGCACUGGUGCGACGGAGGGUGCACGCUGGGCCUCGGACUGCUGGAGCUCCUCAGGCGCGUUCUAUACACUGGUCCCCAUACGACCGCGUUCGCGUGGUGA